AUGCCGCGAAUUCGCCUGGAUAACCUGUUCGGGGACCCCUUUGCCUUGGCAUCGGUCUCCAUAUCGUUGCUCGCAUGGUUGAUUGCGUUCGUUUCUGCGAUUAUAUCCUCUAUCCGCGACUCCUUCCCUCCUAUCUACUGGUGGAACCUUGUCUAUAUGUUCCUUUGUAUCGUUGGCAUCGCGUACGUGAUGGCAACGGCAACGACCCAUAUCUAUAGCACCGCGGUUGUUGGAUAUGUCUCCGCAGGUUUUGCCUUUACCACCUUCGCCGCCGAUGGUUUAUUGAAAAAGCAAUCCGGGUCGAACGAAGCCGCGGGCGCUGGAUUUAUCCUUCUCUCCAUCGUAAAUGUCGUCUGGAUAUUCUAUUUCGGAUCAUCGCCCCAGUCGCGAUCGCGUCACUACAUUGACUCAUUCGCCAUGCAUAAAGAACAACCAUCCUACCUCAACCCCAGCCAGAUGUCGAACCAUUACAACAAUCGACCUGACACCACCGUCUCCACCCAGCCGCCCCAAAUGUAUACCUCCGCGCAAUUGAAUGGCUUCGAGACGUCGUCACCCUAUGGUGCCCCACCAGGGCCAUCCGGAGCAUCAGGCAUCGGCAAUUCACAAGUUAACUUGGCAGGCACAAGCUCCAAUGGCGAAGCGCCCAACGAAGUGAGCCCGCCUACGGAAUACCCUUAUAAGGCUAAGGCGAUCUAUGCAUAUGAAGCAAAUCCCGAUGAUGCAAACGAAAUCAGUUUCACCAAAAAUGAAAUUCUCGAAGUGUCGGAUGUAAGCGGCCGGUGGUGGCAGGCGAAGAAAGCGACGGGAGAGACGGGAAUAGCACCAUCGAAUUACUUGAUCUUGCUUUGA